CUGCCCCGCGACGUGCGGCUCUUCCUGCGGCAGCACCCGCUGCUCGGCCUCGAGGGCACGGGCAAGGUGCGGUGCCGGCUGACGGGCCACGAGAUGCCCUGCAGGCUGGCCGAGCUGCAGGCCUACACCAAGGGCAGGAGGUACCAGCGGCUCUCCAGGGCGGCCGGCGGCUUUGACUACGGCAGCUUCGAGCCCCACGUCGUGCCCAGCACCAAGAACCCGCACCAGCUGUUUUGCAAGCUCACUCUGAGGCACAUCAACAAGUUCCCGGAGCACGUGCUGCGUCACGUCCAAGGGAAGCGCUAUCAGAAGGCCCUCAAAAGAUAUGAGGAGUGCCAGAAGGAGGGAGUCGAGUACGUCCCUGCCUGCUUGAGACAGAGGCGGCAGCAGAGGCGACGUCCCGACGACCAGGCGAACGGGAGCGGGCGCCCUUACAGAAAGGAGGAAUUUUGGGAGCCCAAGUCCAGUGACGAGGAUGGAGAGGAGACAGACGACAGCAUGAGCGACCUGUACCCACCUGAACUCUUCCCAGAAAAACGCCCAGCAGCUCCCCAAAGCACCAAUGGCUUCGCAUCAGACAGUGAGGAAGACGUGGCCGGGAAGAACGGUGCUGCAGACGGAGAGGGCAGCGGGAGAAGGAACGUUAGCAGAGCAGCUGGCAACAAGAGGGGCAAGAAACAGCCACAUGCCUUAACGAAGAAAUUUAAGAGGCAUCAUGGAAAACCCCCCAAAUUCAAGAAAGCCACCACUGGCAAAUAAAUUUUGUGGA